AUGCUCGAUCUCCAACAGGAUAAAUGCUCUCUGAAUAAGCUUGUAUUGGUAUCAUCAUGGAGAACGAAUUAUGGUGUAGAAGGUGAAACAAAAUCAAGUCAGCGGAAUGAUGAGAUUGUCGGUCUGUAUAAAGCUGCUGGAUUCUUGGAUGAAGAGUUUGGUAAUACUGCUGACUUUGGUGAGAUUGCAGAGGGAGAAGACAAGAAAGAAGAUGAGUUCCUUGCCAAAAUUGCUGAUGCUGAAACACCAUUGUAUCCAACUUGUGUCAACCACAGCAAGCUAUGCGAUUGGAUGUUACCAGCGGAUAAUGUGUUACACACAUCACUUUAUGAGGUCAAGAAAUUUCUGAAAUCAUUUGAUAUGGGUUACGAGAAGAUCCAUGCCUGUGUCAACGACUGCUGCUUGUUCAGAAAGAAGUACAAGAAGCUUGAGAAUUGUCCAAAAUGUAAGGUUUCCCGGUGGAAGACAAACAUUCACACUGGUGAAGUGAAACAAGGUGUGCCACAGAAAGUUUUACGCUAUUUUCCAAUAAUCCCAAGACUGAAGAGAAUGUUUAGAUCAGAGGAUAUGGCUAGAGAUCUAAGGUGGCAUUUCACUAAUAAGAGCAUCGACGGCAAACUCAGACACCCGGUGGAUUCAGUUACUUGGGAUCAGAUGAACGCCAAAUACCCUUCCUUUGCAUCAGAAGAAAGGAACGUGAGGCUUGGACUUUCCAUAUGGCUUUAA